CUGCUGCACUCCGCCUGUUCCACUUGCUGCCCACACAGCUGGCUCCAGACCCCAGCACCUGCUCCAGAGAAUGGCUGUGGGACGCCCACUGUGGAUGGGGCUGGUCCUGCUAGGGGCUUUGGGGGUCCUGCAGACCCCCGGCCAGGCCCAGCUCUCUCUGCAGCCCAACUUCCAACAGGACAAGUUCCUGGGCCGCUGGUUCAGCGCGGGCCUGGCUUCGAAUUCCUCGUGGUUCCGAGAGAAGAAGGCGGUGCUGUCCAUGUGCCGGUCCGAGCUGUCCCUCACCGCCGACGGUGACCUCAACCUCACCUCCACCUUCGUCAGGUGGGCUGGCGCGGGCAGGUUCCCCAGGGGCGGUGAGGGGGCGCUGCGG